UCAGUCUUGUCGCAACCGCCAGCAUGCCCGUCGUGAAAGGAGGAGUCUGGACCAACAUCGAGGAUGAGAUUCUAAAGGCCGCCGUGUCCAAAUAUGGACUCCAACAAUGGGCCCGAGUGUCCUCGCUGCUUGCGCGCAAAACUCCAAAGCAGUGCAAGGCAAGAUGGUCAGAAUGGCUGGACCCAGGCAUCCGAAAGAUCGAAUGGACCAAGGACGAGGACGAAAAGCUUCUGCACCUGGCCAAGUUGAUGCCCACCCAAUGGCGCACCAUCGCUCCCAUCGUCGGAAGAACUGCCACACAAUGUCUGGAGCGCUACCAAAAGCUGCUCGACGAUGCAGAGUCGCGCGAAAGCGAUGAGUUUGGUCUUGGAGGUCCUACUGGAGGCGAAGCUGCUGCUCCAUCAGCUGAGGAUGUGCGCAAACUUCGUCCUGGAGAGAUGGAUCCCGACCCAGAGAGCAAGCCUGCCCGCCCCGACACCAUCGACAUGNGACGAGGACGAGAAGGAAAUGCUGAAAAGGCAAGAGAAAGACAACUCGAGGAAUCAAGACGCUUGGCCGUCCUGCAGAAGAGACGAGAGUUGAAAAAUGCUGGAAUCAACAUCAAGGUCGUCACAAAGAAGAAGGGUCAGAUGGACUACAACGCCGAUAUUCCCUUCGAAAAGGCUCCCGCUCCUGGAUUCUACGACACUGGAGAGGAAAUUACCACAAACGAACGCGAACGCGACGCCUUCGAUCCCCGCAAGCAGCAGCUCCAGCGCAAGCGACAAGGCGACCAGGAUGACAACCCCGAAGAUCGCAAGCGUCAGAAAAACGAUAAGGGUGGAAACCAAGCUGCCUUCGCUGCGGCUGCAAAGGCUGGACGCGAGCAAAAGUUGCGUGAGGCCGAGCGCAGCAGUAGACGCCGUGGUCUUGUUUUGCCUUCUCCCCAAGUCAGCGAGGGAGAGCUUGAUGACAUUGUCAAGAUGGGCAUGGUCGGUGAACGCGCAAACCUACAAGCCGGUCAAAGCGACAACGAGGCUACCCGUGCCCUGAUUGGCGACUACUCGGACGUCGUUGGCUCGACACCUCUCCGCACACCUCGAGCUCCCCAAGAAGAGGACCGUAUCGCCAACGAGAUCCGCAAUGCCAGAGCAAGAACAGAAACACAGUCUGCCUUGCUAGGCGGUGAUAACAAUGAGCUCUACGAAGGCGAUGCUACGACUGGAUUUGGAGGUGUCGCUCCGAGCAAGCAGGCUACUGCUACGCCGAAUCCAAUGGCCACACCCUUCCGUCAGAACGGUAUCGCCGCAACACCGCGUGGUCCCGGUGCUACUCCCCUCCGCACACCUCGCGACACAUACGGCUUGAACACCGGCGACGGUAUGCAAAUGAUUGCACAGACACCACGAGACCUUCGCCUACAACAGAACGCUCUGCGUAACGACAUCAAAAGCAAGCUGUCCGCCCUUCCCAAACCAAAAGAGAUGGACUUUGAACUUGAAUUGCCUGAAGAACAACAAGAGAUUGCUCCUGAGAUCGAGAUGAGUGAGGAAGAUGCUGCACGUCGGGAUGCUAGAAACAAGGCGGCGCAAGAAGCACUUGCGAGAGCAGAGUUUAAGCGCCAAUCACAAGUCAUCCAACGAGGCCUACCACGACCGAGCGUGGUCGAUGUAGAUGCUAUGUUGAGGAAUGCCGCAGACGACGAGGACCCCAUCAAGGGCAGUAUCAACCGUGAGAUGGCAUUACUUAUCGCAAACGAUGCUCUCAAGUUUGGCAAUGCCAAAGUCAGAGGCACUCACAAACCUACAACAUCCUUCUCAGAUGAGCAAGUCCAACGAGCACGUCUUGACAUUGCCCUGGAAAUGGGUAAGGACGAGAGAGGUCGCGCUUUGUUGGCAGAAGGCUUCGGGCAGGCUUGGGAGAAGGCUCACGAACGAGGCAUGCUUCCUGGUCUUGCCGGUUAUGCAGAAGAUGAGGUCGACGAGCACCAACUAAUGACCGAAGCUUUUGACAAGGGCAACACGUUAGAACAGAAACUCGUCAAGCAUCACACAGGCUACAUGAUCAGAUCANAAACCCUGCGGCAGAAGAUCAACGAAGCAGCGGACUUUUUGGCAAAGACGAGUAUUGAUGUCGAUGUCAAAAGGAUUGCGGCCGCUGCUGAAGAAGCAGGGUUGAACGAGAGACUGGAGAAGAUCCGUGAGGAGGUGAACGUCGUCGCGAGAAGGGAGAGGGAAGCACAAGGCACGUUCAGAGAAAGGAAAGAGGAGCUGAACUCGCUAGUGGCAGCA